AUGAUUCUAACUACCACAGGUCGUCUUGGUCUUGGUACUACAAGUCCUUCAGCUCCGCUGCACGUCCCUGGCAGCAACAGUUUUGUAUUUGGAGCAGGCGGAACGACAGUGUAUCGCCUCAGAACAGAUAGUGGAGCUACAGAAUCCGCUCUUGGCCCGAUCACAUAUUCAGUAGCGGGUAUAUUCGGAGGAUACAUUGCCUGUACAGCCAUGGCGAUGACGUCGGAUCGACGCCUUAAAAAGAAUAUUCAAUCAUGCCCAAUUGAUCGUGUGAAGCGGCUCUACGAUAGCUGUGAGGUCAAGCUUUAUGACUGGAUCGAGUCGGAAAACAAGCCUGGACAAGAAAUCGCCUUGAACCAGCUAAGCAACAGCUCAACGUUGAUUACAGUCGAAUAUCGGCUUAUAAUAUGA